AUGGGAGGCUAUCUCCGGACCUCACAGCCGGCGAAAGUUCUCGCCUUUCUAAGAAAUUUUAGCAUGGAAGUCAGUCCAGCCACCAUUGUCAGCGCUUUCUCAGCAGUUACAGACAGUAAUUACAAUGGCGAGCCCCUCCAUGGCCACUGCGUCAAAACUGGGCUUACAUCCGAGCCUAAGGUGGCGACUGCGGUAGCAACGAUGUAUGUGAAGAACGGAAUGAUGGAACCUGCACGGCAGACGUUCGACGAAAUGACGCGUAGAGAUGUUGUCCUUUAUAAUUGCAUCAUAGAUGGGUACGCUAAAAAAGCUUCCUUGGAUGACUGCUUGGUUCUAUUGCAGAAGAUGAGGGAAGACGGAGUUAAAUCAAAUGCAGCCACGCUUCUAGGACUACUAUCAUCCUGUGCUUCCUCUGGUGCUUUAGGUUUUGGGCGGCAUAUCCACGACUACGCAAAGGAGGAGAAGUUGGAAAUCCAAGCUUCUCUGGGGACCGCUCUGUUGGAUAUGUAUGCGAAGAAUGGAUGUCUGGAGGAAGCAAUUUCAGUUUUCAACCAAAUGAAGGAUAGAGAUGUGAAGGCAUGGACAGCCAUGAUGAUGGGAUUUGCAGUUCAUGGCAGGUCAGAGGAGGCUCUGCGGCUGUUUGAUGAAAUGGAGGAGAGUGGGAUGAGGCCUAAUGAGGUGACCUUACUUGCUGUUCUCUCUGCUUGCAGCCAUGGGGGAUUUGUGGGCUUAGGAAAAGAUUACUUCAAGAAAAUUGUUUUUGAAUACAGGGUAAGCCCUGGGAUUAAGCAUUAUGGAUGCGUUAUUGACUUGUUGGGCAGGGCUGGAUUGCUGCGAGAAGCUUAUGAGCUGGUGAAAAGCCUGCCUAAUGGAGGAGAUGCCAUGGCUUGGCGAGCUUUGCUUGCUGCAUCCAGGGUUCAUGGAGAGAUAGGGAUAGGGAAGCUGGCCAGAGAAGUUUUGGCAGCCAUGGGUGAGGACCACCCAAGUGAUAAUAUUCUUCUGUUGGGCAGCUAUGCCUUUGCAGGGAGAUGUGCAGAAGCUAAAGAAGUCAUGGAUUUGGAGGUGGAGGGGGGAGAGAUAAUAAGGAAGGAGGCAGGACGCAGCUCCGUUGAGAUGCGUCGAGGAGAAAAAGGGAUGAGAAAGAUGAGCGAGGAAGGUGAAGAGAAGAAGAGGGACGCGGUUGCCAUUGGUCCACAUUCUAAACCAAAUCCAGACCACAUCGGCUUCCCUAUUCCGGCGACCCCUCUCGAAGUCGCCGGAACGUACCCUCCCGGUGCCUCCGCUGCAUAUCCUUACCCGGCGUCGGGCAUCUAUCCUAUAGGCGCCGGCGCAUCUUUGCCUCCUCCCGCCGUUCAAGUUCCUUACGCCACUGGUCUUCCAUACUAUAGUCAGGGAUACGGGACCGACCCUGGGAUUCUCUUCGUGGAUGUUGGUUUUAAGGUAUUUCGAUCUGAGCUUAUUCAGAUGUGUGAAAUACAUAAACACACGAGAAAUAUGUGCUAUAUAUGUAAAUGCCCCCCUUUAAUAUAUAGCUGGUCCUUAAAAUCAAAUUUUAAACCUUAUUCAUCAUUCAAGUGUCCACUACUUCAAUUGCACCAACACAAAUGGUUAAUGUCGUCGGCUUCAACGCAAGGCAGGCAAGCGCUCCUCUUCUUCUCUUUCUCUGGUGCCCGUCAUCGGCCUCACCACCUCACCAAGCUCCUCCGCUCCUGCACCUCCGUCUCAGAUCUCCAUCGAAUUCAUGGCGCCAUGAUAAAAAAUGGCAUCGACCUCCUACCCUUCCCCUCCGCCAAACUCCUCGCUUCUGCCACCCUUCUCGAUCCCGACCACGCCUUCUCUCUCUUCCGCCUCCUCCCUUCGCCGACCCUCUUCUCCUUCAACUCCAUUCUCCGAGCUCACUCUCUCGCUCCCGACCCAAACGUACAAGAAACCUUUUCUAUCUUCAACUCAAUCAGAGCCCGAGCCCUCUCGCUCGACCAGUUCUCCUUCAUUACCGCCCUCAAGGUCUGUGGUCGCAAACUGGCCAUCACUGCCGGUGAACAACUGCAUUGUUUGGUAGCCCAGGCCGGUUUUGAUUACUUCCUCAAUCUAAGGAAUACGCUUUUACAUUUUUACUGUGCUUGUGGGAGGGUCGCGGCUGCACACCAACUGUUUGAUGAAUUGCCUCAUAUAAAAGAUGCUGUUUCUUUCAAUGCCCUGAUGGGAGGCUAUCUCCGGACCUCACAGCCGGCGAAAGUUCUCGCCUUUCUAAGAAAUAUGUUUGAUUUUAGCAUGGAAGUCGGUCCAGCCACAACUGUCCGCGCUUUCUCAGCAGUUACAGACAGUAAUUACAAUGGCGAGCCCCUCCAUGGCCACUGCGUCAAAACUGGGCUUACAUCCGAGCCUAAGGUGGCGACUGCGGUAGCAACGAUGUAUGUGAAGAACGGAAUGAUGGAACCUGCACGGCAGACGUUCGACGAAAUGACGCGUAGAGAUGUUGUCCUUUAUAAUUGCAUCAUAGAUGGGUACGCUAAAAAAGCUUCCUUGGAUGACUGCUUGGUUCUAUUGCAGAAGAUGAGGGAAGACGGAGUUAAAUCAAAUGCAGUCACGCUUCUAGGACUACUAUCAUCCUGUGCUUCCUCUGGUGCUUUAGGUUUUGGGCGGCAUAUCCACGACUACGCAAAGGAGGAGAAGUUGGAAAUCCAAGCUUCUCUGGGGACCGCUCUGUUGGAUAUGUAUGCGAAGAAUGGAUGUCUGGAGGAAGCAAUUUCAGUUUUCAACCAAAUGAAGGAUAGAGAUGUGAAGGCAUGGACAGCCAUGAUGAUGGGAUUUGCAGUUCAUGGCAGGUCAGAGGAGGCUCUGCGGCUGUUUGAUGAAAUGGAGGAGAGUGGGAUGAGGCCUAAUGAGGUGACCUUACUUGCUGUUCUCUCUGCUUGCAGCCAUGGGGGAUUUGUGGGCUUAGGAAAAGAUUACUUCAAGAAAAUUGUUUUUGAAUACAGGGUAAGCCCUGGGAUUAAGCAUUAUGGAUGCGUUAUUGACUUGUUGGGCAGGGCUGGAUUGCUGCGAGAAGCUUAUGAGCUGGUGAAAAGCCUGCCUAAUGGAGGAGAUGCCAUGGCUUGGCGAGCUUUGCUUGCUGCAUCCAGGGUUCAUGGAGAGAUAGGGAUAGGGAAGCUGGCCAGAGAAGUUUUGGCAGCCAUGGGUGAGGACCACCCAAGUGAUAAUAUUCUUCUGUUGGGCAGCUAUGCCUUUGCAGGGAGAUGUGCAGAAGCUAAAGAAGUCAUGGAUUUGGAGGUGGAGGGGGGAGAGAUAAUAAGGAAGGAGGCAGGACGCAGCUCCGUUGAGAUGGUAGGUGGGUAGAGUUGAAGAAGAAAAAGUUUUGAGGAAAUGUGCAGAGGAGCUGGAGCCUGAAUUUGGGACGGAGAAUCGAGGUCAGAUUAUUUUGAAUUGAUUUAUUUGUUGAUAUACAAUAGAUUAAUCAUGUUUAUAAUUCAUUAAUUUGAAAAACAAAAUGUAUAAUUAAUUUAAUUUUGUUUGGUUUUCUUUCUUCCACAUGACCUAUGUUUGAAGAAUUGC